GGAGGGAUCUUCCGGUCGAUAUGUACAUAGAUGCGUUGCGACGGCGCAUUUUGCAAUUUGUGUUCGCAGUUUUUCUAUGAACGUCGAGUAGUUAAAUUGCAUGUAAAACUGUUGUAAAUUCUGUCUGUGAUAAUCAUGAUAAGUCAGUGUAAAGAAGAACCUAAUGGUCUAUGCAUUGAUAUGUUUCGUGUGCCACCGAUACCUCUAGACGACCUGCCAGCGGUGCUCCUGUCCACUAUACCAAAGUGCGGAGGUUGUCACGAAAUGAUCUUAGACCGGUUUAUACUGAAAGUGGCGGACCGAACGUGGCACGCCAAAUGUUUACAAUGCACGGACUGUAGAAUACAACUAACCGACAAAUGUUUUGCAAGGAACGGUCAGCUUUUCUGCAAGGAAGAUUUCUUCAAUGGGUGCAGACGAUUCGGCACGAAGUGUGCAGGAUGCGACCUGGGAAUUCCACCAACGCAAGUAGUGAGAAGAGCACAAGACAACGUUUACCAUCUCCAGUGCUUUGCCUGUAUCAUGUGCGCGAGGCAGCUGAAUACCGGUGACGAAUUUUACCUGAUGGAGGACCGAAAACUAGUUUGCAAACCAGACUACGAAGCGGCUAAAAGUAAAGCUGCGGAGUGCUUGGACGGAGAUCAGCCUAAUAAAAGACCACGAACGACAAUAACCGCCAAACAGUUAGAAACGUUGAAAACGGCGUACAACAACAGCCCAAAACCCGCCAGGCACGUGCGAGAACAGCUUAGUCAAGACACCGGUUUAGAUAUGAGGGUAGUCCAAGUGUGGUUUCAAAAUAGUCGUACUGCUGCUAAAAGGAGGGCGAAAGAAAAAAGGCUGAAGAAGGACGCUGGACGGACGCGAUGGAGUCAGUACUUCAGAUCGAUGAAGGGCGGAUCUUCACCUCGGCACGACAAGCUGCUGGACAAGGACGAAAUGAAGGUGGACUUGGACAGCUACAAUCACCACGACUUAAGUGACGAUAGUUACGGUACCGUAGUCAAUAUGAGCAUGGAUCAAGAUGGUUCGUCUCCGCACGGCGUCGGGCGUUCACACUCCUUCCUGCGCGGUUCCGGAUCACCUUCAUAUCUACCUGGACACACACCUCCACAAGGACUAGACCCAUAUCCCUACUCCGACCAACUUUCUGUGUAUACCUCAAUAACUCAAGGGCCACCUCCCGGUAUGAGCUUACCGCACGGUCUUCCUCCCGGCGCCGACACCGACAUCAGCAACGACAGCAGUCCGAGGGGCUAUCCAGACUUCCCGCCCAGUCCCGACUCGUGGUUAGGGGAACCGUCCAGCGCACACUACUGACCCUGCAAACGGAGUUCUAUAGUACUCACCAUUUAUUUCAUAUUAAUAUAAAGAGAUUAACAUUUUUAUUAAUGUUCCAUUGCAUGCGUGUAAAUGCAGUGUCGCACAACUCGUGACAGUUAAUUUUGAGACAUGAAAUUGUACAAAUAUUCUUUAAGAAAUGUCGUCUUGAGAUUAAUUGUAUUCUUUUAAACAAAAAACUUGCUGUAUAGUUCUAGUCAAAUGGAUUUAACUUUUUGUGUCCGUUUACAAUACAAAUCUAGUCGUAAUUAUGUGUAUUAUUUAAAUAAUUUAGAUUUAUAUGUCAAUUUAUAUAUAAAAAAAAUUUUCUGUGUCCG